AAACCACCCCUUAUUUAUCCGCCGAGAUUGGGCUCAGAUACCAAGUCUUCAAGUUCAAGGCCUGCGUUGCAACAGAAUCAAAUCACUUCUCCACCGAGCUUAGGAUCAUGCAGUGACUACACAUUUCAGACAAAUCUACGGACUCAUCCUCCCCCUCCACUGAGCUCUAGCUCAUUCACCCACUCCAAAACAAGUGGUACAUCAUGUUUUCAGCCAACACUACAGACUCUAGAGACUCACCAACAACUGAGUUCUAGGUCAUCCAGCACAGGAGAAAGAUGGAUCAAGCACUACAGCAGUGAGUACAAAAUAUUGCUGGUGGGUGAAGGGGACUUCUCAUUCUCUGCGUCUUUGGCUGUGGCUUUUGCUUCUGCUACAAACAUAACCGCUACUUCUCUUGAUUCUAUAGAGUUUUUGAGCACAAACUAUAGGUAUGCCUUGUCCAACAUCGAUACACUACGGAGCUUGGGAGCUAAGGUCAUGCAUGAUGUUGAUGCCACUAAAAUGGCACACGUUUUCCCAUUCAAUUGCAUGCGUUUUGAUCGAGUUGUCUACAACUUCCCGCUGGCUGGAUUUUUUCCCAAUGCUUCAAGGGAAGAUCAGAUCCGGCGAAAUCAAAUGCUGGUACAGCUGUUUUUAGAAAAUGCUAAGAAGAUGAUUCACAUAGAUGGAGAAAUCCACAUUGUUCACAAAAGCAAUGGCUUCUUUCUUGAGUGGAAUUUGGAAUUUCUAGCCUCAAGAGUUGGGCUUCGACUUGUAGAAGAAGAGCCCUUUAAUUUUAUGGACUACCCAGGGUACCGCACCAAGUAUGGCUUUGGGGGUGACAAUAACUUCAACUGCAAUCCCAGCAGAACUUACAAAUUUGGGAAAAUACCGAAUGAGAAGCCUAGCUACUUGUAGAUGUUGGUGGAAGGAGUUUGAAACUUUGUUUUUGUAAUUAACACAAUGAAUGUUGGCGUGGAAUGUUUUGGGAAAUAAUAAAAAAGGACAUAGAAUGGGAAGACA